AAAUACUUUGAAAUUGUAAUUUGAUAGGCGUCAGUGUAAAGACAACUGCAAUGUACUAAAUAUAUGCGUUUUGUCGUUUUACAUUUUAUUUACAACACAAUUUUAUUCGAAUAGAAAUUCAAAUGAAUUUACAAUGAUAUAUGAAAUAUACUUUGGAGUAUUUGUACUUGUGUGCUUGGAUGUACAAAUUGCAGUUGUGCUUACAGAGGCGUGUACGUGGGGCGAGUAUGACAGAUGCCCGUCAUGGGAUCCGUGCUCGAAACGUUGUGGAGGCCAGCAAUGCAGAACUUGCAAGUCGUGUUUUUUGGGACAACACAAGCAGUUUUGCCAGGCUUGCGGAGAAUCGUGUCACAACGAAUAUGCCUUGGUAAAUGGUGGAUGCUCCUGUUCAAGUUGGAGGACGGGUGACUGUUGCGAAAUUUGCAGACAAAUCAACAUACCUAACUGUAUUCCUGGUCAACAACAGUGCGGCGGGUAUCCUGACGGCAUCAUGUGUACACAUUGCGAGGAUCCGUACUAUUCAGGAGGAUAUCAUCAAGGAUGCUUUGUAUGUCCGAACAUCACCCAGUGUAAGCACAGAAGUUGCACAGAUACAUCCAACACUGUCUGCAAGGAAUGCCAUGAAAACAAUGCCAUAUUCAAGAUAUGGAGUAACGAAAAAGAGUGUCAACGUAUGUGCGCUUGGAACAAUCACUAUUGCUGGCCCGGAACAUGCAGCACCAACGGACUUACUAAGGACUGUACAUGUGCGAAUGGCUUUGACGAAAGGUCAACUGUUGAUUACGGUUCAAUAAAUGCAGGAGAAACAACGUGUCAGCUGAACACGAUUCCUGAUAUUUUGACAUGCGAUACAGUGGCAGUGGGACCUAACGGUGAUAAGAAACGAGCAAUGAGCACUGGCAACUCAACGGCAUGUCAAUACCUAGCGGACAUGUACGGCAACUACCAACCGAGUACUAUGGAGUUUACAAUGUCUUCGGAAUUUGCAGUUAAUAUUUCACUUAGCAAACCAUCUUUCAUCGAAGAAGAAACAUUUGGAAUAAGCGAUACAACAAUAACAAUAAAGAUCCAGGCUGUGAUAGGUUCCUAUGAAGCAAAGUCGAUUCAUACACAAUUGGUUGAUGCAUCAUCCAGCACAAGCGUAAAACAAGCACACCAAGACUUUGGAAAUAUAACUGUAAACCAGGCGAAGUAUAGUCUACAAAAUGGAGAGGCACUUUGCUUGGAGUUUGAAGCAAAGGCGGGGGGCUACUUAAAAAGCAUUGAUACAAGGGCAGACACGCAAAUACCAUCUGGACCAGUUCCAUACACGAAGGUGACAAAACAAAGGACAGUAUGUUACAGAUACGAUAACGCACCACCGGAACAUUGCUCCAAAACGGGGUCGUGUUCGUCCGAACCGUUAACACUUCAGAAGCGAGUUACACGAUCCACAGUAUCGAUGGUUCAAUUUAAUGGUUGGGUUGAUCCAGUUCCAAGUGGAGGGGCAAGUAAGACAGCAUCGACAAUUGAAAGUUACCAAAUAACUGUCAACGAAGUACCUCCCUCCAACGGAACUUUGAAAGUUGAUUACACAAAGAGCAUCUAUACUAGAAGAGUUCCUAAAUCUGAUAUGCAUGAAAUGGAGUUGAAUCUGACAUCCAAUUCACCGCGACUGUAUUGUAUAACGCUAGAGGUCAAGGAUGUUGCAGAUAACGUUGGACAAAGUAGAAGGUUUAUGUUGUUCGACAACACGAGUUUCAUUGAAACUUGGAAAGAAAAUUCCUAUAAAUUUGAUUCAGCAUCGCCAGAGACUAAUUUCACCUGGCAAACACACCACAAUGACAUUUGUCUGAAUUGGAAAAACUAUUUCAUAAACAUGUUCUAUUUGAAAAAUGAACUUUUAAAUAAAAUAGAGUCCGAGCCGCAUGGUCAAAUUACCGGCGUAUAUGAACAGACAACUGGCCUUCUCCCAGUUGGUGGUACACCGAAUGUGCAUGGGAUAAUACAAUAUUUCGUAUCAUGGAAACUGAACAAUGGUGCGUUUACGGAAGAACAACUCGUACCAAACGUUCUGAAUCAACGAUUCUGCACCAAUUUAAAUGUUGCUGAUGGACAGACCUAUACAUUCAACAUUCGUCCAGUUGAUAUUGUCGAUAACACUUUCAAUGAGUCUAGAACCGUUUACAUAGAUCGCUCGCCACCUCAUAUAAAUAACAUUUGGUUAAAGAAAGACGGAUAUGAGAUGUUAUAUGUUCAUAACAGCACCGAUUUGUCAAAGAUGCAGAUGACGUUCGACGCAUUGGACCCGCAUAGCGGACUCCAAAACAUUAAGUGGGAGUUCGGAAUUGCCGAUACGUCAACUGCGUUAACAAGUGGUUAUUUGUCAGUAGUACAGACAACAAACGCAACUUGUCCAACUGGAAAUGUCGAUUGCUAUUGCCCAGACAUAGGAAUGUGUGAAUUUUUCAACUACUCAAUUCCGCUUAAUAAGCUCAUUGAAGCCGAUAAGCAUACCGGGAACCACAACAGGAACUACUUCUUCAAAAUUACGGUCACUAACAAUGCCUUGUUGACAACGACAGAGCACAUCGAUGUACUUAUUGACGAAUCCCCACCAGAAGAAGGAGUGAUUUAUGAAGGUCCCGGGGACUACAAAGAUAUCGACUACACAAGUGAGGAUUCCUUUGUGGUACACUGGCAUGGAUUUAUCGACCAUGAAAGUGGAAUCAAACUCUAUAGGUUAGGGCUUGCCUCUAGAUGCUUAACAAAAGAGGAACUGUACAACUUUACAGAAGUAGCUGAGAUAACUGUAUAUAAAGAGCUUACUGACACAUCAGUUCGUCUUCUCGCUAAUUUCACAGGUAAACGGUUCAUUACCAUUAUUGCUCUUAACCAUGCCAUGGAGUCAUCAAAGCCUGUUUGUUCAGAUGGAAUCACACGAGAUAUCUCAGCUGCUCUUAUUCGCAACUUAACACUUGCGCAUGCAGCAUGGACCGAAACCGUUAUCUGCCAAAAAGGACAACCGUAUUUAUUACAAUCGAACCUUCAAAAAGUCCCGCUGUAUAACACAACAGCAUGUUUUAGCAUCUGCGUAUCAACAAUAGACACCAUGGUAGCUGACUAUAUUUCUACGCAUAUAUCCGGAAGUAAAGACCUUGAUAUUUCGGAUUUCCUUUGUCGACACCUAUCUUUGUACACUAACGAAACGGUUAUCUAUUUACCCAACGAUCAUAUCGUGCUGAAUUGGGAAGUGGAAGAAUCAGAAAGUCAAAUAGAUGACUUUUUUGUUGGGCUUGGUCUGGAUGCGACUGAAAAGGAUUCGCCAAGUUUGGUGGACUAUAUUUCUACUGAUAGUAAACCAUACGUCAGACAUCGACAUGAAGCACUUGGAUCCGAUGAGCUGUUCUAUGUCUUCAUCAAAACAGUUAACAAAGCAGGAUUGUUCAACAUCGCAACCCUUGGUCCUAUUUUAAUCGACCAAACACCACCACGGUACAAAUAUAUUCCCCGUGUGACGAUCGCUUUAGACACGAUCGUGUUUGCCUGGGAAUCCGAUACAUUCUAUGACGAUGAACAGACAGCCCAAAUAGACCAACUGGUAUUUCAAUUUGGUCAUGAAGAAAUUGUUUCCAGUCCACUCCUUGAAUGGCGAUUAGAGUCGUCGACACCGUGUCCCUCUUAUACUGGAGGCUGCUUUAAAUACCCUCUAAAUCGCCUCCAGAAUCAAGACACGGGCGAUGGACUAAUGUUCUAUCUCAACGUUUACAUAUACAACAAUGCCGGUCACUUUACUUCGAUUAGGACCGAAACGUUCCAUUUGCCAUCAAGAUUUCCACCAGGACACGGCUAUGUGUUUGAUUUGGACCCAGAAAUGAUGAACAUUUCAACGGAUAUUGAUUUCCAUUUUACUGAACACAUGAUGUGUGUGGGUUGGAUGGGAUUUAAACAUCAUGAAAAUGUUUCGUUGGAAGUUGGCAUAGGAUUAGAUCGCACAACACCAGAUAUAGUUCGAUUUCAGAACACGUCAGAAAUGAAAAACAUCUGCCUUAAAUCAAGUUCAAUUGUAAACGACAAUUUUUACUUUUUCAUUGUAAAAGCAAGCUGUAGCGGGGGUACUACAAUAUCUGCUUCUAACGGAGUUCGAAUAUACGAUAGACAUUCUCCACAAAAUGAGAUGAAAAUAAAAAUCGGAGAAAAUUGCUUCUCAACAAAAGUCUGUGAAGUAAAUGUUUCGAUUACAAACGACGGUACGUUCAUUGAACUUCCAUGUACGUUGAUUAUCGGGCAGCGAUAUCUUUUGUUUGCGGAAAAAAGUGAAUGGCAAAAUAUACUGAGCAUUAAUACAAGUGAUGCACUAGUUCAAACCGAAGAUAACAACUAUGUUCUGAUCCCAUUUGUUGAGAAACCUACUCUACAAGUACAUCGAAACGUCUCAAUGGACAUGUUUUUGCGUUUGAAAAUCAGUAAAUGCCCGGCAGAGAAUAUCGUUUCGAACAACAAUCAAUUGACUAUUAGCUGGACAUUUCCUCAUACCACAACGAUUGAGGAUAUUGUAUUUUCAGUUUCAUUACUUAAAUACGUGUCUGUUAACGGCUCGGAUGAAGAAAGUAUAUUCGCACCACCUCAACACCUUAUUGGCUUAUCUGGUAUUACGUUCCAUGAUAUGAAUUUCGGAGCCCAAACACUGUAUAUGGCCAGCGUUCAGUUGUGCAACAAUGUAAGGUGUCUCAGUCCUAUUCACUCAAUGGCAUUUACAAUCGAACUUGAAGCUCCUGAUAUUUCUUUCAUAAACUCUGAACUUAAAGUCGCAAAUGCUGGGGAGUGCGUUGAUGUUAAGGCGUCAUGGAAAAUAAUUGGACAGAGCGAAAACGUCGCAUUUUAUCAAUGGUCUGUAAGUCGUGAUGAAAUAGGUGGUCAACUGUUGUCUGUUUGGGAGAAUGUGCUGCCCAAUGGAACAACAGCUAAGGUUGCAAUGUGCGUUCGUCUCCCAACCCAUGGACAUAUUACAACUUUCCUGUGUGUCAGGGUAUUUUCUGUGAGUGGUUUAGCGAAGACAUCGUGUCACAAGAUAAAUAAAGGCGAUAGUGGGUCCUAUUCUAAAACUGCAGUGUACGACUUUGAUUCGUCAUCAGACAGUUGGGUAUACAUCAAAAAGAUGCUCCAUAGUUCUGACAUUGGUCAGCACUAUGUCCGUCUUCACGAUUCAGAAAUGAACAUAGGUAACGCCGAUUCUUCAGUGACCGGUGCUUUGAUGUACGGUUCAGAACGUUCAGUUUCAUGGUACCUUAUGAAGUUGCAGUACGUGCCACAAACGUGUGAUUCCGACAUUAACUGUGUUAUCAAGUACGAAUCUGACUAUGGAUACAUAGAAUUAGACAAACACUAUAUAUCAUUCAAUGAGUUAUAUUUCAUAUGCGCAUACUCGAAUUACACUGUGGUAGAACGUGAAUAUUUCACUGAAAUUCUAGAAGAAAUAUCUUCGUGCAGCAAUGGAUUCAUAUUAGACAGUUCUCCGCCUACAAAAGGUGAAGUGCAUGUCCACAACCACAGAGGGUUUAUCACAAAUCCACAACACGUCAUUGUAACAUGGACUGGAUUUCAUGACAACAUUGAUGCCACCGUAUUUGGUUUCCCAGAGAAACUGCAUUAUUUCUCUAUAAGAACAGGCACAAGUGCCGGUUCGAGCAAUAUUUUGGAUAUUGUUAGAACUAGCAUGGAAACAUCUGCAAUAUUGGAUCUGUCAGCACCGCCUGAUGGAAGUCAAGUUUUCUUCACCGUCAAUGCAACGGAUUAUGCAAGUUUGUCUACCAGCUCGGACUCAUUAGAAUUGAUCAUAGAUACAUCACCACCUUUAUGUGGCGGUGUGACGUUUCUAAACAACCUCCAGAGAAACAUAUUUAUCAACCAAGAACUAGCAACUGUUCGUUUCGAAGGAUUUUCAGAUCCGCACAGCGGCCUUAGCUAUUUCAAUGUUGGCGUUGGUACAAUGGAAGGGGUAACAAAUAUCAUGGCGGAUACGAAAGUCUUCACCAACUUCUUUGAAUUUAAUUUAGCUCAGAUGAUUGACGGUCAUCUUUAUUUCAUUAUUGUGCAAGCGAUCAAUCGAGCAGGGCUUGUUUCACAAUAUGUAUCAAAAAGAUUUGUAUUGGACCGAACUGCACCCACCGGAGGACACGUUCUCGAUGGGAUCAAAGGAGCUGGGGAGAUUGAUUACCAAACUGAUAUCUACGUUAUCAGUGCAUAUUGGAAAGAGUUUUACGACGCAGAGAGUGGCUUAGCAUUCUUUAAAGUCGGUCUUGGAAACGAUCCAUAUGAGUCCGAUGUAAGACCGCUACAAGAUGUUGGAAUGAUGACAGAGGUUUCAUGGAAUGGCCCGUUUGUUCCUGGACAAAAAUACUUUGUGACCGUGGAAGCGUGUAACAAUGCAAACCUUUGCACCAGACGUGUAUCAGACGGCCUUAUUGUGGACAACUCGCCCCCAGAACGCGGUCUUGUUCACAUUGGACCAGGAGAAGGUCAUGAUAAAUAUUUAGGACAUCGAUCAUCUAUUAGAAUAAGUUGGCAAGGUUUCGAAGAUCCGCAAUCAGAUAUAGAUCAUUUUGAAGUGUGUGUGUCUACCCCUAAGGGCGAUUGUGAUGUUGUUGUCCUAUCAAAUAGACUGCUCCACUCUUCAAUUAUUAUAUCUAAUAUAACGCUCCCGAUGAAUAUUUCACUUAUGGCAACAGUUUGGGCGUUCAAUGGAGUUGGCAUGAAUGUAUCAAAGGCGUCUGAUAUUUUUGUCAUUGACGACACACCGCCAGUUGUUGUGAGAGCUCCAAAAUUCCUACUAAAAUACAACUCGGAUAUUGGUAAAAAGUCACAAUGGGAAAAAUCCAUCUUGCGUUUUGAAUGGGAAUUCAAGGACGACAUUAGUCCUAUUGUUCGACAUGAGAUUUCUUUGAAAACGCAUCACGAAGGUCACACGCCUGUUGAGAGGCUUGUCUUAGGAUCGGAACGCCACGUGACUGUCAGUUUAGAUGGGAGGAAUUGGCUUAAUAAUGGUGACACAUAUUAUGCAAUUGUAACAUCUUGCAACGCUGCCGGACUUUGCGCUUCUGAACGAACAAGCGACCUGUUAAUUGAUUCUACUCCACCACAUCUCGGUGGAUUUAAACCACCUUUGACGUGGACGAACUACAAUAAUACAUUUGGCAGUAACGUAACAAAUGUAUCCCUGACAUGGUAUGGAUUCCACGACCAGGAGUCAGGAAUUGAAAACUACUACGUGACGGUCUCGAGAUCAUACAGUUUCAAUGAACUUUCAAAUGGCGUAAUUCGAAUUAGAGAAACUAAUCAAAGCGAAACUGUUAAAACUUCCUUCGUGCUGACUGAAAGUAUUUCUCCUGACGAAUCUAUAAUUCUUUCGAUAUGGGCGCAAAACAAUGUCGGACUUAACAGUUCGAUUGCAAGGGUCACUGUGAAUGUUUUAUCUGAAACUUCUAAAAAUAAAAUGGGAAUUUUGGAAAUCGAAAAACAUUCAUGCGACAUACAUUUUUGUAACAAGGAUUGUACGUGCGCAGUUAUUGAUCGUCCGUGUGUAGUAGUAAGCUCCAACAAAACAUGUACUGCUAUCUCUAGCACAGAUGCGCACACUAAAAAAUUACCACACUUUGAUGUAUAUUGGGGACUACCGCAUGAAAUUCUUAAUGUUUCGGCUUCAUCGGCAUGCUUGAGUGGGCACUGGUCACGAACAAAUGGAAGAAGUACUUCCGAAAAUAUUCAUCGUUUUGAAUGGAGCCUCGGCGUUCAUGGACACGCUGUUGGCGAAGGGGUGUACGAUCUGAAACUAGAAAACCCCUGGAGUGAUGUUGGACAAAGAUUACAAUUUAUUCAUUGUCUACCAGUAAAUCGUUCAUUUGUACAUGGGGAACUGUACGUCAUAUAUGUUAAGGUAUGGUAUAGCAAAAGUACAUACACUGUGUUCAAGUCGUCUCCAAUCAUGAUAGACCAAACACCACCCAAGGUCAAACGUGGUCGUUAUAUCAGGGAAGGUAAUUGUUUUCAAGAUUUGGACUUUAUUGACUGGACGGAUAAUAUUAUUGCCUGUUGGGAGGAUUUGUUUACUGAAGAGCAGAGCUUAAUCGAUCAUUUCAGCGUCAGCCUUGGGACAUCCCCUAACAAUGAUGACAUACUUCAACAAAUUGAUGUCGGACUGGCAACAAACAUAAGUCUUCAUAACAUUUCUCUCAAUCCAGGCACGCGCUAUUACUUUACAGUCAUUGCUGUUAAUAGUGUUGGACUACACACUGGCUUAGCUUCGGAUGGAUUCAUUAUUGAUACAGAUAAUCCCAUCCACGGGGUUGUGUUUAAUACAAUUGGACAUAAAAACGCAGAUUUCCAGAAAUCGACUUCAAACUUCGAACUGUCCUGGCAUGGAUUCCAGGAUCAUUUCUCUGGAAUAAAGCACUAUCUGAUUGCUCUUGUCAAAGACGGUGAAUACAAUGAAUCAAAUCUGACAUUUACAAAUGUUGGUUUAUCAAACAAAUAUGCCUUUACCAACCUGAAUCUUGUGAAUGGCGAGUCUUAUUUUGGAGUAGUAAAAGCUAUUGACGCAGCAGGUCACGAAAGUGCAAUUGUAAGAUGCCCAAAACAAACAAUCGAUACGACCCCACCGAAAGGCUUUUCAUGUGGAUCAACUAAAACUAUUGAAGUCGGUGUUUCUCGCAAAGUUACUGAUGAAAGUCUGUCUCUCUGGUUCAACGCAAACGUCUCGAAAGAUAACAUGUAUGUUAUUCAUGGAAAUAUAAAAAAUGCUACGUAUGUGCUUAACCCAAUUCUCCAGAUGGAUAAAUACAGUUUGCCUUUGCCAUUACAGAAACGUCAAGAUGGAUGGUUCGAGUAUAAUUACAUGUUUAUAUCGCCGUUAGAAGGGUUGCAAACCAUAACACUUGACUUUGGAAACAUACUUGCCAAAUACUUAAUUCAGAAUGUUGACUUUGAAGUGUGUAAACUUGCAGAAAAUAAUUCAGCUGCUAUUUCUGUAAACCAAAUAGGCCAAUAUUCGCUGACUGUAUCCUUGCGAAUACUGGAUUCGGAAAGCGAGUUACAGACGGUGUCCGUUGGAGUCGGUACAACUGAAGGGGGUUUUGAGAUCAAACCUCUGUUUGAGUUACAUAAUCGCAAUAACUUUGGAGUAAUUAUUGCACCAUUUGUUCAUGGGGCACCAAUUUUCAUUACUGCAAUUGCUAAGAACCACGCUGGUCUCACGUCUGUUUUCUAUUCGGGAAAAGCACUUACAAUAGAUCACACUCCUCCUACCAUCAGCGACAUUGCUGUUGCCGUUUCUAUUAUAACAGAUACUUCUACAAAAUUACUAACAACAUGGACAGCGCAAGAUGAUGAAUCCGAUGUUCAAUACUGCAGUUGUUUAAUUGGAUCAGCACCUCUGUCAGCUGAUAUACAUGAGGAAAGGGAUUCGGAUACAUUGCAGUUUUGUGCGACAGACAUUCCUAACCUUUUUCAUGGCGACAGAGUAUUUGUUACGGUGAAAUGUGUGAACAAGGUUGAAAUCGCUACGACGUUAGUAUCUAGACCAGUGAUCAUUUACCUUGAACCGCCCAACAACUCGGAAGCAUUCGUUCGGUUUUUGCCCAGUGGUCAGGAAUCGUUUUCUAUGACUGGACCAUUGUCCGUCCAGUCUCCUGCGCAGUCCAAUUCAAGCGUAUUGCAGAUGGAAUGUAACAAUUUCGAAGAUCCUUCAGAGAUUACAUCCUACAGUUAUCGUAUCCAAAGCAAUGGCGAGAUUGUUGUAGACUGGACUGAUGCAGGCAUAAAGGAUAUGUUCUCCAAUGAGCAUCUUCAGUUGAAAUCAGGCCAGACAUACACGACCGAAGUUCAUGCACUAAAUGGAGGAGGAUUCACCAGUUCCGAUGUCAAGUCCUCGCUGAUUGUAGCAUUAGAACCACCAGAGCUUACAGGAUCCCAUAUAUCAGCUGUUUUCGCAAAUGGCAAAUUAAGUCUAAAUUGGGAAAAUGUCUUCAAUAGAAUCCCGGGAGUACCGGUUCACUACAGUCUGAUUAUUGGAUCCCGUGACGGAUUUUCUGAUAUCGCUGACGUAAACUACACACGUAACCACGUGUAUGACGUCAUAGUUCCAUCAUCGACACUUGUUUCUUCCAAUCUCAACGAGCUGUACAUAAAAGUGAGUUGCACAUACAGCACGGGGAUGUAUACAACAUACAGUACAUCAUACAAACUGUGAAGUAACUUUGUUUGAUAGAAACCAGCGAUUAUUUCAACAUCAUCUUUCCCUGUCCUGAUUGCUUUUUGUUUUCCUUACGAUACAUGCAUGUAGUGUCUCGCAAAAAUCGUAAGAUUGAAUAUUUAACCUUGGAUUUUUAUUUAAACAUAUUGUGUACAACGGUAUUCGUCCGCAAAAUCCCGUAUAAACGUAUGUUUUGCAAUUUCAAUAUAUGUGUAUAUGUAUAUAUUCCCUUUUUUAUAAUGUAUCGUUUCGUUAUAAGUAAUCGGAUUUAAAUAUUUGUCAUACAGUGAUUGUAGUAUUUUAUUAUAUGUAUUGUGAUUCAUUUAUUGUCCAUUGCAAACACACAGUUGUAAUGUCUUUGUAGAACAGUGUCUUUUACAAAGCAUACAUAUAAUAUUGUCAUAUUCAUUCCAUUCGAAUGAGUUGUGUUUUAUUGUUUGCUAUGCUGUACUAGCUCGCUUAUCUUUAUUUAUGCUUGUUGUUUAUUAUUGCAUAAACUCUAUCUAUAAUCCCCUCUGGCGGGGUGCAGAAAUUGGCAAAAGGAGGGCUUGAACGGGAGAAAUCGUGAAUUAACAAGGCGAUUCACGUGCCGUUCAAGCCCUGUUAUGUGUUGUUCAUUUCCAUCAACUGGUCCACGGGCAGUUACUUCCCUUAGUUAUUUUGAACUUUGUUAAUGACUCCUGCCUUCGACGACUUUCAAAGCAUUAAUGGGGAACUGAAUAAGCACCAGUUUCCUCAUGAAUGCAGGGAUAAAGGCAACGAAUAUUUCAAUCCACUUUUCAAAUUAUACCAUCUGCACUCUCUUGACAACAGCUUUAUUUUAUUUGAAACGUCAAUGAAGUUAAGGUUAUUUACUCAACACUUUCAAAAACUAUGCUGAAUAUGUAAGUGUUAAUGUACCUACAGCGUUCCUGAUGUAUACUUGAAAUACUUCGGUGACAUUAUGUUGGCAGUAUUACAGUUUAGAAAAUUUAGGUUAAACGAAAUAAGAUAGACCUGUACGAAAGAAACAUCUAUCAUUCUAUGAAAAUAAUGAAUUAUUCUGACGAUAUAUUUAUCCGUCACGACCAGUAAAUUCCAAAAUAAUUCCUAAUUUCUUACUUUGCGCGGCUGGAUUUCAAAUUUGCAUUAAUCCACUGUUCAAACACAUUUUAAAUCGAAAACUGCCUAUCCGGAGGUAAAGCCUCGACAUUUCUGAUGAAAACCGAGUGAGCUAUAUGUAAAACACAACCUUGAACUGCAUGACGUCAUAUGAAAUAAUCGAAUUAUUUUGUCGAUGUCGAAUGAACAAGAAAUAUUGUUUUCAGUUUUAUUUUAAUUUAUUUUGGUAUGUGUGAUAUGUUUAUGCAAUAAUAGCAAAAAUACACAUUUUCUCGAACAUGAUUAUGCGCAUGCGCACUCGGGCAAGAACGAAUUUUUCGAACGCCCGCAGAUGAUCAUGCCCUCGAAAAUGUGUAUUAUCCCUAAUUGAGAUUGCCUUGAAUUACAAUAAUCCCUUUAUAAGUGAUAUGUGGUAAACUCAAUUUGAGCAAUGUUUUAAUUUCAUUGUUACCAUGUGAUUCUCGACGAAACAAUAACAUUUACAAUCAUAUAUAUAAUUGAAUCUAUACUUAAGGUAUAUAUUUAUUGUUUAAAACUGUUGAUACGUGUGUGAGAGGUGCUUUGGAAUUAAUAAACAGAAACAAAUGUUUUCCUUUA